AUGAUAGGAGUAGUAGUAAAUGGAGGCAAUGGUGGGAAUGUGGGUAGUGUGGGGUUUGGUAGAGUUGUUGGAAUUGGGAAUGUAGGAAGGCCAGGGGCUCCCGGAAUACCGGGGAUUGUAGGGAGGCCAGGGGCUCCGGGAAGACCAGGGAUUGUAGGAAGGCCAGGGGCUCCGGGAAGACCGGGGAUUGUAGGAAGGCCAGGGGCUCCGGGAAGACCGGGGAUUGUAGGAAGGCCAGGGGCUCCAGGAAGACCGGGGAUUGUAGGAAGGCCAGGGGUUCCGGGAAGACCUGGGAAUGUAGGAAGGCCAGGGGUUUGUGGGAUUGUAGGAAAUGGGAAAGUCGGUGUGGAACCAGGGAUAGUCAAGAGGCGACGGGCCAUUGGGGUUUGGAGGUUGCCGGAGAUGAUUAAAGUGGCUAAGAGAGAAAAGAUGAUGAGGGUGGUGGAAGCCAUUUCGGGAGGAGUGAAGAUCCCGGGGAACGAUGGAGGACUAGUACUGCCAGUUGGAAGAGGGAAGUUGGGAAGUGAUGGGAUUCCUCCUCCUGUUGAUGGAGUAAAAGGAGGGAGUGUUGGAAGUGAUGUUGAUGGCGUUGCUGGGAAUGUUGUAGGGAUCCCAGUUGGCACACCGGGGAAGCCUGGAACGGUUAAGAGACUACGGCCCAUGGUGGCUUGGAGGUUGCUUAUGAAAACGAGAGUAACAAAGAGAGAGAGCAUUAUGAGCUUUGUGGAAGCCAUUUACUUGGUGUGUGUUUGUUUUGAUUUGGAGUUGAAGUAUUGA